GCCAACGAGAGGGUCGAUCAUCUGGAGAAGAAACCUAGUGACAGACGCAAAGAUGGCGAGAGGCGCUCCGAACCUGAGAAAAGUCGCGGAGUGUGUUAAGCGGCUGCCGUCCGCGUCCAGUCGGGACGUCCACUCCAGAAACAACAUCAGGUACCUGUCCUCAUGCGGGGUCCUGAUGAGCCGCCAGCCACCUCUGCUGGGCGCCGCCACACCCGUGUGCCGUGGCGUGGUCCUGCCCACCCGCGCUUUCUUCAACCUGGCUGACGCCUUCUCCAAGAGGAGGGAGUACUCGGAGAGACGUGUCAUUGGAUAUUCCAUGCAGGAGAUGUAUGGCGUGGUGGCGGAAGUGGAGAACUACCGCCUCUUCGUCCCCUGGUGCAAGAAGUCCGACGUGAUCUUCAAGCGCAGCGGCUUCUGCAAGGCCAAGCUGACGGUGGGCUUCCCUCCCGUGGUGGAGAACUACACCUCGCUGGUGACCACCGUGCGCCCCCACCUGGUCAAGGCUUCCUGCUCGGACGGCAAGCUGUUCAACCACCUGGAGACCGUUUGGCGCUUCAGCCCGGGCCUGCCCGGGUACCCCCGGACUUGCACCGUGGACUUUGCCAUCUCCUUCGAGUUCCGUUCGCUCAUCCACUCGCAGCUGGCCCACGUCUUCUUCGACGAGGUGGUCAAGCAGAUGGUGUCGGCGUUCGAGCGCCAGGCCUCCAAGACCCACGGCGCCGAGACACAGAUCCCCCGCGAGCUCAUGUUCCACGAAGUGCACCACACGUAGCGUUGCACGCGUGUGUGUGUGUGCACGUGCACGCGGUCUACCUGAAAUCAGCAGCGUGCCUUUUUUGUUCCCGACAGGAUUCCUUUUGAACGCUCAUGUUACAAGCCCCUCCCACCGGAGGUCAGAGGUCAGCCUCAGGCCGACAAAGGAGUUAGUGCAGAUGGUGCUAACACUUAGGGAACACUUUUAUUCUCAUUUGGACUCCUGCAGCACACUAUGCUGGCCCAGCGCCGCACACACGACGUCUUUGUACAGUAAAUAUUUAGUUUGUGUGCAAUAUAAUAUCUUUUCUUUAACUAGUACUUGCUGCUGGGUCAAAGGUCACACAAAACCCCGUCAGCCAGCACAAUUCCGACUCGCAUAUUUAUCGUUACUCGUUCAGAAACCCGGCUCACGUGUGUAUUGUGUAAAUAUCACGACAAUAUCAAGGAUGAGCUGCUUAAAAUCUGAUUUUUGUUAGAGAAAUAUAUUUUGUUGUUGUUUGAUUUCAAGAAAAAAAAAAAUGUACUGACUGCAUGAUGUAUAAAAUAGUUUUUUUUCUAAAAACAUUGCAUUUUCUUUAUUAGCUGCAGCCUUCUGCCCCGUCCCCAACUGGGCAGGACAGAAAUAGUGUCAUCAUGUGAAGAGUAAGAAUAAACCAGUCAUGCUGUCCUGAAGGCGACACCUUGAAACCUAUUAACUUAGACUUAGACUUCCUUUUUAUUGUCAUUCAAAUUUGAACUUUACAGUACAGAUAAGAAGGAAAUGUUGUUGCAUUAGCUCAUGGUAGUGCAGGAUAAAAAAGCAAUAAGGUUCAGAUAUAAAUACAUAGAUUACUGUACAGAUAAAUAUAUUGCACUUUUGCAUAUGCAUCCACGUUUAUGGAUGUAUGUUAUAUUGUAUUUAUAUUCCAGCCAGUUAAUCCAUUUUGGGGGGGAA